AUGUCUACAGGCAGGUCAACGGAAAUAACAACAAUUUCAUCUACAUUAUCUAGUACACUAUUCGAAUCAGCAACUACGCCAUCAAUAUCAUCCAACAAGACUACAUCUCCAAAAUAUACAGGUGGGUCAACGGAAAUUACAACAAUUUCAUCGACAUCACAAAGUACACCAUUCGAAUCAGCAACUACAGCAGCAGAACAAACAACAGACUCAAUAUCAUCCUACAUAACUGAAACUCCAGAAUAUACAGCCUCCAAUGGGACAACAGAGACUUCCUCCAUUUCCUCCCAGUCGUCAAGUCAGACACCAUCACCUUUGGCAGGUGGGUCAACGGAAAUCACAACAAUUUCAUCGACAUCGCAAAGUACAACAUCCGAAUCAGCAACCAUAACAUCAGAGCAAACAACAGACUCAGUAUCAUCUCACAUAACUACAACUCCCGAAUAUACAGAGUUUUCCUCCAUUUCCUUCCAAUCAUCAAGUCAGACACCCUCACCUUUGGCAGGUGGGUCAACGGAAAUCACAACAAUUUCAUCGACAUCGCAAAGUACAACAUCCGAAUCAGCAACCAUAACAUCAGAGCAAACAACAGACUCAGUAUCAUCUCACAUAACUACAACUCCAGAAUAUACAGCCUCCAAUGGGACAACAGAGUUUUCCUCCAUUUCCUCCCAGUCGUCAAGUCAGACACCAUCACCUUUGGCAGGUGGCUUUACAACCUCUCCACAUGUUACAUCACAAAUACCAACGGCAUCGUCAGAGUCACCAGAAUUUCCAACACUUAAAACUCCUUCCAGAAAUCCAACACACAGCACAUCUUCCAAUGGAUCAACGGAGAUUCCGGCCAAUUCAACCUAUUCAUCAAUUCCAACAUGGUCUCGUGCUUCAGGUGGCUUUACAACAUCUCCACAUGUUACAUCACAAACACCAACGGCAUCAUCAGAGUCACCAGAAUUUUCAACACUUAAAACUCCUUCCACAAAUCCAACACACAGCACAUCUUCCAAGAGAUCAACUGAGAUUCCGGCCAAUUCAACUUAUUCAUCAAUUCCAACAUGGUCUCGUGCUUCAGGUGGCUUUACAACAUCUCCACAUGUUACAUCACAAACACCAACGGCAUCAUCAGAGUCACCAGAAUUUUCAACACUUAAAACUCUUUCCACAAAUCCAACACACAGCACAUCUUCCAAUGGAUCAACGAAGAUUCCGGCCAAUUCAAACUAUUCAUCAAUUCCAACAUGGUCUCGUGCUUCAGAACUAUCCUGUCAGAAUCAAAGAUCCUACAGUCAGGGCACACAGCAUCAUGAUCCACACCUUAAUGAAAAGUACAGUUGUCCCUGCAGCCAAGCACCAAUCAAUGCUGAUAUUAUUAACCUAGUAUGA